AUGGAGUUUCGGCUGAACUGGGUGGUCUUGUUUGCUCUCUUACAAGGUGUCCAGGGUGAGGAGAAGCUGGUGGAGUCUGGAGGAGGCCUGGUGCAGCCUGGGGGGUCUCUGAGACUCUCCUGUGUUGGCUCUGGAUUCACCUUCAGUGUACCUACAAACUGGGUCCGCCAGGCUCCAGGGAAGGGGCUGGAGUGGCUGGCAGCUAUUAGUACUAGUGGUGGUAGCACCUACUACGCAGACUCUGUGAAGGGCCGAUUCACCAUCUCCAGAGACAACUCCCAGAACACGGCCUAUCUGCAAAUGAACAGCCUGAGAACCGAAGACACGGCCCGCUAUUACUGUGCAAGAGGCAAGGGUUGCUUUCUCUAUAAUACUGGUUGCUGGGAUGGAUACUAUGCUAUGGAUCUCUGGGGCCCAGGCGUUGAAGUCGUCGUGUCCUCAGCCCCCAAGACGGCCCCAUCGGUCUACCCUCUGGCCCCCUGCGGCAGGGACACGUCUGGCCCUAACGUGGCCUUGGGCUGCCUGGCCUCAAGCUACUUCCCCGAGCCAGUGACCAUGACCUGGAACUCGGGCGCCCUGACCAGUGGCGUGCAUACCUUCCCAUCCGUCCUGCAGCCGUCAGGGCUCUACUCCCUCAGCAGCAUGGUGACCGUGCCGGCCAGCAGCCUGUCCAGCAAGAGCUACACCUGCAAUGUCAACCACCCGGCCACCACCACCAAGGUGGACAAGCGUGUUGGAACAAAGACCAAGCCUCCAUGUCCCAUAUGCCCAGGCUGUGAAGUGGCCGGGCCCUCGGUCUUCAUCUUCCCUCCAAAACCCAAGGACACCCUCAUGAUCUCCCAGACCCCCGAGGUCACGUGCGUGGUGGUGGACGUCAGCAAGGAGCACGCCGAGGUCCAGUUCUCCUGGUACGUGGACGGCGUAGAGGUGCACACGGCCGAGACGAGACCAAAGGAGGAGCAGUUCAACAGCACCUACCGUGUGGUCAGCGUCCUGCCCAUCCAGCACCAGGACUGGCUGAAGGGGAAGGAGUUCAAGUGCAAGGUCAACAACGUAGACCUCCCAGCCCCCAUCACGAGGACCAUCUCCAAGGCUAUAGGGCAGAGCCGGGAGCCGCAGGUGUACACCCUGCCCCCACCCGCCGAGGAGCUGUCCAGGAGCAAAGUCACCGUAACCUGCCUGGUCAUUGGCUUCUACCCACCUGACAUCCAUGUUGAGUGGAAGAGCAACGGACAGCCGGAGCCAGAGGGCAAUUACCGCACCACCCCGCCCCAGCAGGACGUGGACGGGACCUUCUUCCUGUACAGCAAGCUCGCGGUGGACAAGGCAAGAUGGGACCAUGGAGAAACAUUUGAGUGUGCGGUGAUGCACGAGGCUCUGCACAACCACUACACCCAGAAGUCCAUCUCCAAGACUCAGGGUAAAUGAGCCACC